AUGGUUGAUACUACCGUCGCUCACCUUCCGGAGGAGAUUCUGUCUCAAGUGUUUGCUGGCAUCACUGAUACACGGACGAGAAACUCUUUGUCACUUGUCUGUCGGAGUUUCUUCCGAUUAGAGCGGAAGACGAGAGUCUCACUCACGCUCCGUGGGAACGCGCGUGACCUUCACAGGAUUCCAACUUCCUUCGCGCAUGUUACUAAUCUUGAUGUCUCUCUUCUCUCGCCGUGGGGUCACGCGCUCUUCUGUUCACCCGCAACUGCUGAUUCUCCGCUUCUAGCUCAGCGUCUCCGUAAUGCUUUCCCGCUCGUGACUUCACUCACUGUCUAUGUGCGUGACCCUCAAACGCUGCAUCUCCUAUUGUAUAGCCACUGGCCGGAGCUUCGUGACGUUCGUCUUGUCCGAUGGCACCAGCGUCCGCCGGGGUUGCAGCCAGGGUCCGACUUCGCCGCCCUGUUCUCGCGGUGUCGAUCGAUAACAUCGCUGGAUUUAUCUACUUUCUACCACUGGCCGGAGGAUCUCCCACCGGUUCUAGCAGCAAACGCUGCCUCUGCUGUGUCGCUCCGCCGUCUGAAUCUCUUAACAACGUUCACGGAAGGCUUCAAGUCUAACCAAAUCGAAUCCAUCACCUCAUCGUGUCCUAACCUGGAGCACUUUCUCGUAGCUUGCACUUUUGAUCCGAGAUACAUCGGAUUUGUAGGCGAUGAAACGCUGUUGGCCAUCGCUUCCAAUUGCCCCAAGCUCUCGCUACUUCACAUGGCUGAUACGUCGUCGUUUUCAAAUCGUAGAGAGGAAGAGGGUGGAGAGGAUGCUAGUAUAAGCCGUGCCACACUUCUAGCUUUGUUCUCCGGGCUUCCCCUUUUGGAAGAACUGGUUCUAGAUGUUUGUAAAAAUGUCACUGAGAGUAGUUUUGCUUUGGAGAUGUUAAGUUCAAAGUGCCCCAAUCUGAAGGUCGUGAAGUUGGGUCAGUUUCAAGGGAUUUGUUUGGCAAUUGGGUCGCGGCUCGAUGGAAUUGCACUUUGCCACGGGCUUCAAUCCUUGUCUGUUAGCUGUUGUGGUGACCUCGAUGACAUGGGGUUGAUUGAGAUUGGCAGGGGGUGUUCCCGGUUGGUAAGGUUUGAGAUUCAGGGAUGCAAGCUUGUUACGGAAAAAGGAUUGAAAACCAUGACUUGCUUGCUUCGUAGGACAUUGAUUGAUGUCAAGGUUGCUUCCUGUGUCAACCUUGAUGCAGCUGCUACUCUCAGAGCUUUGGAGCCCAUUCGGGACAGGAUUGAGAGGCUUCACUUGGAUUGUGUUUGGAAGGAAAGUGACAACCUUGGACAUAGUUUUCUCAACUUUGACUUGAAUGCUUCAGCUGAACUGAAUGAUUCUGAAUUAAUGGAAUGCUUUGGGGGUGAGGAAUAUGGAGAAGAUACUAGUAAAAGGAAGAGGCAGAGAUGUGAGUAUGGAUUCGAGGAUGAUGAUUCAUUUGUGCAUAGCAAUGGUAACAGUAACGGCAACUACAAUGGCUACUCUUGCAAUAGUUGGGAAAGUUUACAUUACCUUUCACUUUGGAUAAAGGUUGGUGAUCUUCUGACUCAGUUGCCAGUGGUAGGGUUAGAGGAUUGCCCCAAUCUAGAAGAGAUUCGCAUAAAAAUGGAAGGAGAUUGCAGAGGGAAACCAAAACCAGCUGUGAGUGAAUUUGGUCUGAGCAUUCUGACUUGUUAUCCUCAGUUGUCAAAGAUGCAGCUGGAUUGCGGUGAAACAAGAGGCUAUGUAUACACCGCCCCUUCAGGACAGAUGGAUUUGAGCUUGUGGGAGAGAUUCUUCCUCAAUGGGAUUGGCAGUUUGAGUCUAAAUGAACUUCAUUACUGGCCACCACAAGAUGAGGAUGUGAACCAGAGGAGUCUCUCACUUCCAGCUGCUGGUUUAUUACAGGAAUGUUAUACUCUGAGGAAGCUUUUCAUUCAUGGAACAACUCAUGAGCACUUCAUGAACUUUUUCCUCAAAAUACCAAACCUAAGGGAUGUUCAGCUGAGGGAGGAUUACUAUCCAGCUCCCGAGAAUGAUAUGAGCACGGAAAUGAGGGUGGGAUCAUGUAGCCGCUUUGAAGAUGCGUUGAAUAGGCGUAUAAUCUGUGACUGA